AUGCCUGUUCGCAGGGGGCAUGUGGCACCACAAAACACAUUUUUGGGGACCAUCAUACGGAAAUUUGAAGGGCAAAAUAAAAAAUUUAUCAUUGCAAAUGCCAGAGUGCAAAACUGUGCCAUCAUCUACUGCAACGAUGGGUUCUGCGAGAUGACUGGUUUCUCCAGGCCAGAUGUCAUGCAAAAGCCGUGCACCUGUGACUUUCUCCAUGGGCCUGAGACCAAGAGACAUGAUAUUGCCCAAAUUGCCCAGGCAUUGCUGGGGUCAGAGGAGAGGAAAGUGGAGGUCACCUACUAUCACAAAAAUGGGUCCACUUUCAUUUGUAACACUCACAUAAUUCCAGUGAAAAACCAAGAGGGCGUGGCUAUGAUGUUCAUCAUUAAUUUUGAAUAUGUGACAGAUGAGGAAAACGCUGGCUCCCCAGAGAGGGUAAACCCAAUAUUACCAGUCAAAACUGUAAACCGGAAACUUUUUGGGUUCAAAUUCCCUGGUCUGAGAGUUCUCACUUACAGAAAGCAGUCCUUACCACAAGAAGACCCGGAUGUGGUAGUAAUUGACUCAUCUAAACACAGCGAUGAUUCAGUAGCCAUGAAGCACUUCAAGUCUCCUACAAAAGAGAGCUGCAGCCCUUCUGAAGCAGAUGAUACAAAAGCCUUGAUACAGCCCAGCAAAUGUUCCCCUUUGGUGAAUAUAUCGGGACCUCUUGACCAUUCCUCUCCCAAAAGGCAAUGGGACCGACUGUACCCUGACAUGCUGCAGUCAAGUUCCCAGCUGACUCAUUCCAGAUCGAAGGAAAGCAUUUGUAGUAUACGGAGGGCUUCUUCAGUUCAUGAUAUAGAAGGAUUCAGUGUCCACCCCAAGAACAUAUUUAGAGACCGACAUGCCAGUGAAGACAAUGGUCGCAAUGUCAAAGGGCCUUUUAAUCAUAUCAAGUCAAGCCUCCUGGGAUCCACGUCAGAUUCAAAUCUCAACAAAUACAGCACCAUUAACAAGAUUCCACAGCUCACUCUGAAUUUUUCAGAUGUCAAAACUGAAAAAAAGAAUGCAUCCCCUCCUUCUUCAGAUAAAACCAUUAUUGCACCCAAGGUUAAAGAUCGAACACACAACGUGACAGAGAAAGUCACCCAGGUUCUCUCUUUAGGAGCAGAUGUCCUGCCAGAAUAUAAACUCCAGACACCACGUAUCAACAAGUUUACAAUACUGCACUACAGCCCCUUCAAGGCAGUCUGGGACUGGCUUAUUCUGCUGUUGGUCAUAUAUACUGCUAUAUUCACGCCCUACUCUGCAGCCUUUCUCCUCAAUGACAGAGAAGAACAGAAAAGACGAGAAUGCGGCUACUCUUGUAGCCCUUUGAAUGUGGUGGACUUGAUUGUGGAUAUUAUGUUCAUCAUAGAUAUUCUAAUAAACUUCAGAACCACAUAUGUAAAUCAGAAUGAAGAAGUGGUAAGUGACCCGGCCAAAAUAGCAAUACAUUACUUCAAAGGCUGGUUCCUGAUCGACAUGGUGGCAGCAAUUCCUUUUGACUUGCUGAUUUUUGGAUCUGGUUCUGAUGAGACAACAACAUUAAUUGGUCUUUUGAAGACAGCUCGACUCCUUCGUCUGGUGAGAGUGGCCCGGAAGCUUGAUCGCUAUUCAGAAUAUGGCGCUGCUGUUCUAAUGCUCUUAAUGUGUAUAUUUGCCUUGAUUGCUCACUGGCUGGCUUGCAUUUGGUAUGCAAUUGGGAAUGUAGAAAGGCCCUACUUGACAGACAAAAUCGGAUGGUUGGAUUCCUUAGGACAACAAAUUGGGAAACGUUACAAUGACAGUGACUCAAGUUCUGGACCAUCCAUUAAAGACAAAUACGUCACAGCACUUUAUUUUACCUUCAGCAGCUUAACCAGUGUAGGAUUCGGGAAUGUGUCUCCUAACACCAAUUCGGAGAAAAUCUUUUCAAUCUGUGUCAUGUUGAUUGGCUCACUAAUGUAUGCAAGCAUUUUUGGAAAUGUAUCUGCAAUUAUCCAAAGACUAUACUCGGGAACUGCCAGGUACCACAUGCAGAUGCUUCGAGUAAAAGAGUUCAUUCGCUUUCACCAAAUCCCCAACCCUCUGAGGCAGCGGCUUGAAGAAUAUUUCCAGCAUGCAUGGACAUACACCAAUGGCAUUGACAUGAACAUGGUCCUAAAGGGUUUCCCAGAAUGUUUACAAGCUGAUAUUUGUCUACACCUCAACCAGACUUUGCUGCAAAACUGCAAAGCCUUUCGGGGGGCAAGUAAAGGUUGCCUUAGAGCUUUGGCAAUGAAGUUCAAGACCACCCAUGCACCUCCAGGAGACACCCUGGUUCACUGUGGGGAUGUUCUCACUGCACUUUAUUUCUUAUCCAGAGGCUCCAUCGAAAUCCUCAAAGAUGACAUUGUGGUAGCUAUUCUGGGGAAAAACGAUAUAUUUGGAGAAAUGGUUCAUCUUUAUGCCAAACCUGGAAAGUCUAAUGCAGAUGUAAGAGCUCUCACGUACUGUGACUUGCAUAAGAUCCAGAGAGAAGACUUGUUAGAGGUUUUGGAUAUGUAUCCUGAGUUUUCCGACCACUUUCUCACAAACUUAGAGUUGACUUUUAACCUAAGGCAUGAGAGUGCAAAGGCUGAUCUCUUACUACGAUCACAGUCUGUGAAUGAUUCUGAAGGAGACAACUGUAAGCUACGAAGAAGGAAAUUUUCAUUUGAUAGUGAAGGAGACAAAGGGAACAGUACAAAUGGUCCCGAAGACUCUGUAGAUACCAUAAGACAUUAUCAGAGUUCCAAGAAACACUUUGAAGAGAAAAAAAGCAGAUCUUCAUCUUUCAUCUCAUCCAUUGAUGAUGAACAAAAGCCUCUCUUCUCAGGAAUAGUAGAUUCUCCUCCAGGAAUAGGGAAAGCAGCUGGACUCCAUUUUGAAGAAACAGUCCCAACCUCAGGAAGAAUUCACAUAGAUAAAAGAAGUCACUCUUGCAAAGAUAUCGCUGACACCAGAAGCUGGGAGCAAGAAAAUGCGCAGACUCAGGCUGAUGAGUCUAGCCCCUCAGCACUUCAGCGAGCUGCCUGGGGGAUCUCUGAAACCGAAAGUGACCUCACUUACGGGGAAGUGGAGCAAAGAUUAGAUUUGCUUCAAGAACAACUUAACAGACUUGAAUCCCAAAUGACUGCUGACAUCCAGACCAUCUUACAGUUGCUGCAGAAACAAACCACUGUGGUUCCCCCCGCCUACAGUAUGGUAACUGCCGGAGCGGAGUAUCAGAGACCCAUUAUUCGCCUGAUGAGAUCCAGCCAUCCAGCAGCAUCCAUCAAGACUGAUCGAAGUUUCAGUCCUUCCUCACAAUGUCCUGAAUUUCUAGACCUUGAAAAAUCUAAACUUAAAUCCAAAGACUCCCUCUCAAGUGGGGUGCAUCUGAACACAGCUUCGGAAGACAACUUGACUUCACUUUUAAAACAAGACAGUGAUCUCUCUUUAGAGCUUCACCCGCGGCAAAGAAAAACUUACCUUCAUCCAAUUAGGCAUCCUUCUUUGACAGAUUCAUCCCUAAGCACUGUAGGAAUCUUGGGUCUUCAUAGGCAUGUUUCUGAUCCUGGUCUUCCGGGGAAAUAA